UCCACAACAAGUCCUUCAUCAUGGGGAAGCGUUACUAUUGUGAGUUUUGUGAUAAAUUGUUUGCUGAUAACCCGACAAACAAAAGAAAUCACUUGAAGGGUGUUUUCCACCAACGUAUGAAAAAGCUGCAUUAUGACGCCUUCAAAGACCCUGAGGAGAUCUUGAAAGAAGAGUCAUGUAAGAUGCCGUGUCGACAGAUGGAAACCACAGGUGACUGUAGCUUUGGGGACAGUUGUCGGUAUUCUCAUCUAACCACUGAGCGGAGACAAACCCUAGAGAAACAAGUUCAAGCCAAGAGAGACGCAGCGCUGAAAGCCCAGCAAGAAGCAGACAGAGAAGUGAGGUUGGAGGACUGGUUAGUGAUGAGACAGAAGUCUGGAGAUGCCUCGGGCCCUGUCUCUGCCCAGGUAGCCCCGCCCAGUCUCCCCCCAGAGAAUGCGGAGUCACCCCCAGUAUACAGCCUGCCCCCAGCGCUGAUGAUGAUCCCUAACCUGCCCCCGUCCCUUCUGCCUCCCCCACCUGGCACAAACCUACAGGCCAGCAGGGAAGAGUGGGGGUGACAGGGGAAGUAACUCUAGACAACACAUGGAGUUUACUGUUAGGACUGUUGGAUGAGUUAUCCGCAGAUACCAGUUAAUCAAGACUGAUACAAGAAGAAGGCACACAAGAUUUCCCUGUUUCUGGCAGCUGUCAGUGAUGGUGUCAAACUUUGCUUCCAGGCUGCCCAAAUGCCUUGCCUGAGGAAGCAGAAAACGAGCCACCCUACUCUCAGUGCCUGUGGGGCAGUGUGUGACAGUAAGCAGUCGACAAGGCUGACUUAGCUUAUUGUGAAGUUUCUCUGACGUACAUUUGCAAAGGAAUUCUCAGAGACAGCCUUGCUUUAAGGCAAAGACCACUGUAAAAUGAAGUAUAUAUCAGAUGAAAAGACCAUUAAAAACUG